GUCCACCACCCAUCUCCCCCUGACCUCGUGCCCCGCUGCCCUUCUCCCUGCUCUACAUAUACCCAGGACUCCAGGAGAUCCAACCAAAAGAUUUCAAGUCUACAAUUCACAUCUCUCGCUCCUACCUAGGCACGCACGCGCGGAGAAGAGAAGCAGCAGGCGCCAUGGCCAAGAUCUCCUUCCUCCUCCUGGCGCUCCUCGUCCUCGCAGUCGCGUUCCCCGUGGACGUGAUGGGAGGUGGUGGUGGUGGCGGCGGCGGCGGCGGCGGCGGCAAGCUCAAGCCAUGGGAGUGCUCGUCCAAGUGCUCGUCGCGGUGCUCGGGGACGCAGUACAAGAAGGCGUGCCUGACCUACUGCAACAAGUGCUGCGCCACCUGCCUCUGCGUCCCGCCGGGCACCUACGGCAACAAGGGCGCCUGCCCCUGCUACAACAACUGGAAGACCAAGGAGGGAGGCCCCAAGUGCCCCUAGGUUCUAGAUUUUGAUUUUCUUCUUCUGGGGUGCCAGCUUGCGGUUGAUGGUUAUUACUCGUCUAUUAAGACGUUGCUAGAUCUGAAUUAUGCUGUUAAUUUAUGUGCCCGGCUAUGGUGAUGUGAAAUUGAACAUCAAACUUUUGGGAGCUUA